CAAUAUUUAGUGAUCGUUGACGCGUUCUCAAAGUGGUCAGAAGUGCACGAGUUGGGAACUCAUGGGACCUCAACACAAACCAUGGAAGCAUUCCGGAGAACAUUUGCCUGCCAUGGGUUACCCGAGAGGUUAGUAACCGACAACGGCCCACAAUUUACGUCACAGCAGUUUCAAGAAUUUAUGAAGGCGAACAGAAUUAAGCACCAGCUUACACCACCCUAUCACCCUUCUUCAAACGGACAGGCGGAACGCCUAGUGCAGGAAGUUAAGAAAAGCUUGAAGACCAAGCCGUCAAGCCGCACAGUUAGUCACCAACUAUCAAUUUUUCUCUUGCGGUGUCGAACUACGCCAAACUGCACUACGGGCAAAACACCCGCUGAGUUACUAAUGAAGAAGGAGCUCAGGACGAGACUUUCGUUCCUGAGGCCGGAGUCAGGGAAGACUCUUCGAGAGGAACAUCGAGACCAUUACGAUCUAGCGACAGAGCAAGUUCGUAAUAUGAGCCCGGGAGACACCAUCAGUGUUUUAAACCCUAGACGUGACGGAUGUGGGAAGUGGUUAUGUGGGACGAUCCUACAAAGGCUAGGGCCAGUCAACUAUCUGGUUGAUGUCUACGGACAGCCGCGAUAUGUUCAUGUAGAACAUUUACUAACCCGAGAUCCUCGGAGCAUACCCGACGAGUUCAUCGAGAGUGGUCCAGAACACGACGUGCUAGUACCAACGCUGACACCGUCGGAUGCCACAACGCGGGACCAAUCAGUACCCGUAAGACCUACGAAUGCGGGAACACCUGUUGUAGUUGAUAGUCAGAGAGCACACACUCCAGUGACAACCACCCGUCCAACCGCUGUGGUACCAGUACCAGUGGAAGAGGAAACCAUGACAACGUCACCAGAGACACCGGGAUCCCAAGAGCAAGAUACCCACAACGUCAAAAUCGACAGAAACCUGCGCGAUACAGGUAGAUUUAGCUAAGGUGGAAGGAGUGUAGUGUAGUGACAUCUGACAC